AACCCCGGCUACGCAGAACAGUAACCGAAAACACCAGCAGGGUUGCUGCCAUCGCUGCCCACCUUCAGCGCUCUACAUUGCAGCAGCAUUUGAAACCCGCGGCAAAAGGUUCCGCUGCGGCUCCUGCCCCCCGCCCCCACUCCGCGCAGCACAGCUCCCUCCCCCCGCUGGCCCCGCCGCGCUGCGCGUCGCUUCCCACUGUCUCCCCCUCGGGGGCUCGAGGCGAGCAGCACCCUCGAGGCACCCGAACUCCCGCCUCUGCCUGCGACUGGAAGCCCGCCCUGGGCCGCGCUGCGGAUUGGCUGCCGGGCGGUGGCAGUCAGCGCGCGGCGGGGGUGGCGGUGGCUAGCGCUCCGGCUCUCCUCGCGCUCUGCGGCAGCGGCGGCUACGCUCCCCGAGCGCAGCCGGGCAGGGGGCGUCAGCGCGCGGAGGGGAGCGAGCGGCGGCGCAAUGUACGGAUUCGUCAAUCACGCCCUGGAGCUGCUGGUGAUCCGGAAUUACGGCCCGGAGGUUUGGGAGGACAUCAAGAAAGAGGCACAAUUGGAUGAAGAAGGACAAUUCCUAGUCAGAAUAAUUUAUGAUGAUUCCAAAACAUAUGAUCUGGUUGCAGCAGCAAGCAAAGUCCUUAAUCUUAAUGCUGGGGAAAUCCUUCAAAUGUUUGGGAAGAUGUUUUUUGUGUUCUGUCAAGAAUCUGGUUAUGACACAAUCCUACGUGUCUUGGGCUCAAAUGUCAGAGAAUUUUUACAGAACUUGGAUGCUCUGCAUGACCAUCUUGCUACUAUUUAUCCGGGUAUGCGUGCACCUUCCUUUAGGUGCACUGAUGCAGAAAAAGGGAAAGGACUCAUUCUGCAUUAUUAUUCAGAGAGAGAAGGACUCCAGGAUAUUGUCAUUGGAAUCAUCAAAACAGUAGCUCAGCAGAUCCAUGGUACAGAAAUAGACAUGAAGGUUAUUCAACAGAGAAAUGAGGAGUGUGACCACACUCAAUUUUUAAUUGAAGAGAAGGAGUCUAAGGAAGAGGACUUUUAUGAAGACCUUGACAGAUUUGAAGAGAAUGGGACCCAAGAGUCCCGCAUCAGUCCUUACACUUUCUGCAAGGCUUUUCCUUUCCACAUAAUAUUUGACAGAGAUCUGGUGGUAACACAGUGUGGCAAUGCUAUAUACAGAGUCCUUCCACAGCUUCAGCCAGGAAACUGCAAUCUGUUGUCAGUUUUUUCCUUGGUUCGGCCUCAUAUUGAUAUUAGUUUCCAUGGGAUCCUUUCACAUAUCAACACUGUCUUUGUAUUGAGGAGCAAGGAAGGACUGUUGGAUGUAGAAAAGUUGGAGUGUGAAGACGAACUAACUGGCACGGAAAUCAGCUGCUUACGCCUCAAAGGUCAAAUGAUCUACUUACCUGAAGCAGACAGUAUUCUCUUUCUUUGUUCUCCAAGUGUGAUGAACUUGGAUGAUUUAACCAGAAGAGGGUUAUAUCUGAGUGACAUUCCGUUGCAUGAUGCUACCCGUGACUUAGUCCUUUUGGGAGAGCAGUUCAGAGAGGAAUACAAGCUGACUCAAGAACUGGAGAUCCUCACAGACAGACUUCAGCACACACUAAGAGCACUGGAAGAUGAGAAGAAAAAGACAGACACAUUGCUGUAUUCUGUCCUUCCACCGUCUGUUGCAAAUGAACUGAGACACAAGCGUCCUGUGCCAGCUAAGCGGUAUGAUAAUGUGACCAUUCUCUUCAGUGGCAUAGUUGGAUUCAAUGCAUUCUGCAGUAAACAUGCUUCUGGAGAGGGAGCCAUGAAAAUUGUUAAUCUUUUAAAUGACCUUUACACAAGAUUUGAUAUUCUGACUGAUUCACGAAGGAAUCCGUUCGUUUAUAAGGUGGAGACAGUUGGAGACAAGUAUAUGACAGUUAGUGGUCUACCAGAGCCAUGCAUUCAUCAUGCACGAUCUAUCUGCCACCUGGCAUUGGAUAUGAUGGAAAUAGCAGGACAGGUUCAAGUAGAUGGAGAGCCUGUACAGAUAACAAUAGGUAUCCACACUGGGGAGGUGGUUACAGGUGUCAUAGGCCAAAGGAUGCCCCGCUACUGUCUCUUUGGAAACACUGUUAAUCUAACAAGCAGAACAGAAACCACUGGAGAAAAAGGAAAAAUCAAUGUUUCUGAGUACACCUACAGGUGUCUUAUGUCACCAGAAAAUUCAGAUCCUCAAUUUCACCUCGAACACAGAGGCCCUGUUUCCAUGAAGGGUAAAAAAGAACCAAUGCAAGUUUGGUUUUUGUCCAGAAAGAGUACAGAGACAGAGGAAAUAAAGCAAGAUGUUUACUGAGCUGGGGGAAGAGGAAGAGGACGCUGGAUAGGGUGCAAUGCUGUGUCCCAAACAACUUACUGGUCUGGCAGUAAUGAUGAUUUGUGGGUAUUACUUCAUUUUGCAUUUCUCAUUUGCCUAUCUGCCCCACUCUGAAAGUAUCAUAUUCACUGCUGGAUCUCUUGCUGUUAUUUGGCUCAGCUUUUGAUAUUAUUUUAUUUUUGCUGUGGGUGUGUAUUCCAAGCCCUUUUUGUGGCUCAUGUAACCUUUGUUAUGUCCUGAUAGUACUUACUGAAUAACAUUAUGCAAUGUGUGUGCCAUAACUAACCCUUUUAAUCUGAUGCUUCUCGUAUGUGCUUUUUAUCUUCAUUAUCAUUAUUAAAACUAUUCUAUUAAUGCUGUCCAUUUUCCUUCAAGAUGUCAUCAUGUGGUAUUCCAGUUCCUUCAGGGAAUAAUACUUGACAUACUGUGCUAAUUAGUGAUGAGAAAACAGCUCUUUUGAUGUUAUUGUACAAUUUCCACCUGUAUAUAUUGCAUGUACAUUUUUAUAUUGAAAAGAGGGGGUUGGUUGUCUAAUACUGCAAUUUGAAUCAUGUGUAAAUGUAAUUCUAUCCAAAUGCUGGUCUCUUGCCAUGUAGUUUUCAUUGGUUUAUAUUAACUGAAUGCAACUGACUUGUGCAUAAUAGAUUGCUGGACAAUUUUGUGUCACUCACAGUGCUUUUGUUCAUUUCCAAUGGAUCAUAAACACUGAAAGGCACAUUGGUGGGACAAGGUUGUCAGGCAAAGCCUUUUGUUUUAGUCUCUUUUUAAUUUUCAGAAGUGAUUUUGUUUCAGCCCUUGGAAGAAUAUGAUAAUAUUCUGGACAACAAGUCACAAAUAAUUAAAUUAGUUUCAAUGUAUAGGGCAUUCCUCUUGGAAUAAUACAUUCAUUCUUAGCUCAAUGAUAUUUUCUGAGUAUCUGCUUUAUAUAAUUAUAUGUUAGUACAAUGCAAUUACUUCUGUGCACAAAAUAAAAGUUUGUCUAUAGUAAUCUAUCUUAUCAGCACAAAAAUAUAUGUAUAAAUGUUUCAUGCUAAUGUGUAAAAGGAACUGCAAUAAAUUAUUUUUUCCAUUG